AUGCUGUCGGAGAACGCAACGACGAUCAUUGCCACGAUUCCGGCAGAUCCACCGGAAAAUCUCACUGUGAGCAAUGAGACCGUGGAGUACUCGGACACCUUACAUUCCUCGUAUUCUGCCUACACGUUUCUGUUGGAGUUUGAUGCCGGAGAGCCGUAUGUGGGCCAGCUUGAGAGUGCCGAGGACUGCUACUUCACCGGCUGGGCCGUGGAGGUUCGCGAAAACUGGACAGACGGCAAUUUUAGCAACGAGACCAACUACACAGAGUUGAACUAUUCGCUCUGGGUGCCGCGUGACGAGUGCAAGAACGAGGAGUCUCGGCACGUGGUGCGGGAGACGUGCUACGACGGCUACACGGAGCUGCUGGACAGCGACUUCUCCUCGGAGCUGCCGGAUCGACAGGACAGUCCCAUGGAGGUGCAUGCCUACAGCAUGCUUUGCCUAGGCCUAGCUAAAGCUCGUCGGUGCAUCGUGCUGCCGGCUCCCUUGCGCACGCAGCCGGCCAGCCAGAUUCUCGUCCAGAUGGCAUGCCAUGUCGUCUCCGGCACCGGGGUGUGCUGCGAGCUACCGACCGCAGACGGCGCAUGCAAGGGCCAAAGCUAUUUCGGUCGGCCCGGCAUGCCAGGAGCAGCGCAGCAGGAGUCGCUGUCGGGUCAUCCAUGCUGGGGAGCAGACGCCGCCGACUCUUGGGCAUCCCGGCCGUUAACUCCGCAGCGCUGUUGCGUGAAUCCGCCAUUUGGGGAUGCGACUUGUUGGAUGAAUGGCCUGGACUUUGACCUCUGCUGCACCCGCUGGCUCCAUCCACGCGCCCCAGAGCCGGUGCACCAGCGGCUGAAGGAAGACUUGACAAAUUGCAUGCAAGGAGCGGCUCCUGACGCGAAGCCCAGCGCCGAGUGCCGGAUGUCGGCUUAUGCUGCGAUUGAAGGUUCACCUCUCGGGCGUCUUCUUUGGUGUGCCAUUGAAGCAGCACGCGUCUCCCGUGUGUUUGAUGUGUUCAUCGGCUCUGGUUGCAGCGCCGCCACUGCGGCAGCAGCCAUGUCUGCCAGAUGGGCCAGCCCUCUGCCGGUGCCCGUCCUGAUCGGCUUCGAGGAUCCGGAGCCUCAGCGAGCACAGAAGGCGCGUGCGGCACUGGCUCGCUGGCGGGCGAGGCGGCUUCCGGUCGGCGGCAUUGGUCAACAACAGCUCCAGCAGUUUCGUGCCGCGAGCCUGCGCCUGCGGAGCUGGGUGGAGGAACGAGGCGAGGACCAGGAGUCUAUUGUGGGGCUGCUGGCAGGGCCCAUGCGUCCAAGAAACAGCAGCUGCAGCGAGUGCUUGUCGAAGUGGGCCUUGGACUGCCCGGAGCGCUGCGUCUACUCCUUCGGGGCCAUCGAGGCAGCCUGCGAGGCUUUGCGCGGCGUGGACCUGGUCUUCCUGGACUCCGAUGGCUCGGCAGCAGAUGGCUGGCUGGUGGAGUGGCUCCAGGUGGAGCGGGCCUGCGCCCCCCGACUGGUACUGCUGCUGAACUUGUCCCUGCCAAAUCAUGGUGCUUGGAUCAAGGAGCGGCUUCUAACUUUGGGCUACACCGAAGUUUGGCGAGACGGCCUACUGCUGAAUCCAGAUCCUUUUUCAACAAUGGCAUUCUCCGACGUGCGCCGUGUGCGGACGUGGUCGCUGUUGGCCUACACAGGAUCUUUGUGA